UCCCAUUGGCUGCAGGCGCCCCUCUGCCCCCACGUGACGCCCCAGGCUUGCGGGCCCGGGCGCGGGAUGGAGCCGGGGCGGCGGGGCUCGCUGGCGCUGCUCACCGACCUCUACCAGUUCACCAUGGCCUACGGCUACUGGCGGGCCGGGCGGCAGCGGGAGCCGGCCGAGUUCGAGCUCUUCUUCCGCCGCUGCCCCUGCCGGGGCGGCUUCGCCCUGAGCGCGGGGCUGGGCGAGUGCCUGGCCUUCCUGCGGGGCUUCCGCCUCCGCGAGCCAGAAAUCGAAUACCUGCAGUCGGUCCUGCCCAGCACCACGGAGAAGGCUUUCUUCGAUUACCUGCGCACCAUGGACGCCUCCGAAGUCACCGUCUCCUCUGCACCGGAGGGCUCCGUCGUCUUCGCCACGGUUCCGCUCUUGCAAGUGAAGGGGCCGCUGCUGGUGGUGCAGCUCCUGGAGACCACGCUGCUGUGUCUGGUCAACUACGCCAGCCUUGUGGCCACCAACGCUGCCCGGUUCCGGAUGCUAGCUGGCCCAGACAAGAAGCUGCUGGAGUUGGGGCUGCGACGUGCCCAAGGCCCGGAUGGGGGCCUUUCUGCAUCCAAGUACUCCUACAUAGGGGGCUUUGAUUGGACCAGCAACGUGCUGGCAGGGAAGCUGUACGGGGUUCCAGUGCGGGGAACUGUGGCCCAUUCCUACAUCAUGUCCUUCACGUCGCUGAUGGAGGUGCAGCCCCGGACCCUGAAGCCCCUGGAUGGAGAUGAGCCGGUGGAUUUCCUGCCCCUUGCUGAGUUGUGGCUGCAGCGGGUGUGCCAGAUGCUGCAAGUCCCCCAGGACAGGGUGAACCGCGGGGAGCUGGCUGCCUUCGUGUCGUACGCCAUCGCCUUUCCCCACAACUUCCAGGGGCUGGUGGACACUUACUCCAUCAUGGGGAGUGGCAUCCCAAACUUCUGUGCCGUGGCGCUGGCGUUGAACCAGCUGGGAUACCGCGCGAUAGGGAUUCGCGUGGACAGCGGCGAUCUCGGCAAGCAGGCGAGGGAGAUUCGCCAGGUGCUCCGGACCUGUAGUGCCAACUUCCAGGUUCCCUGGUUUGCAGCCAUCCCCAUUGCUGUGAGCAAUGACAUCAGUGAAAGGAGCCUGGAGGAGUUAAUGCAGGAGGGGAAUGAAAUUGACAUGAUCGGAAUUGGGACCAACGUGGUGACGUGCCCACUGCAGCCCUCACUGGGCUGUGUUUACAAGCUGGUGAAGGUGAACGGCCGCCCCAAGCUGAAGCUGACUGAGGACGAAGAGAAGAUGACCAUCCCAGGGAGCAAGGUGGUCUACAGACUCUAUGAUGCCACUGGUCUUGCCUUUAUGGAUCUCAUGGCAUUGGAGGAGGAGCCCCCAGCCGGGGCGGGGCAGGAGGUGGCUGUCCGCCUGCUGGGGAGGAGUGAAGAGGCCAGGAGGGUGACUCCCAUGGCUGUGGAGAUCCUGCACCGCACUUACUUUAAAGACGGACAGCAGGUUUGCCAGGCUCUUCCCAGCCUGCUGGAAGUCAAGAGCCAUGCGCAAGCCUCUUUGAGCUUGCUCAGCCCUGCGCACAAGAGACUCCAGGACCCAGAGCCUUACCAGGUUGCUGUGACUGAGAAGCUGUACUUUCUCCUCAGUGACCUGCGCCGAUCCAGCCGGGCUCAUCAUGAUCCACCCCUGAUCGGCAGGAGCAUACCUCCCAGAGGCCAGGUUCUAGCCUCUCCAAUCGAUGGCGAAUUACCGAAAAUUAAAUCCAGCAACAGUGUGUGCGUGUCUGGGAUUUAGGCCGCAUGCUGGUGUGUCCAUACGUGACACCGCUUGCCAGACCACAUGUGGCUCUUACUGUGUGCUUCCCAUGCACGUCACACGGACAAGAGCAUCAGAGGCCCACCUCAAACCCUGUGAAAGCUCAUGUAGUGGCUAGAGCCAGUGAACGUACAAAAGGGAGGCCGUUCUUAUCCCCGCCUUCCGUGCUGACCCUUGUCACAGACCCCACAGGUACUGGUUGGGAUGCCCAUCGAAACCAGCAUUUUAACUCUCAAGGUCCAUCAUGUAGCAAUAUCGGCAUGUCACACGCUCACAUAGCCAAAUUCUAUCUUCUCACAUCCGAUGGGAUCAAAGUUCCUCAAGAACCUCUUCCGUACCUAUCUGCUGGUUAGAGCCCCAGCCCCCAGGGGCCCUCAAUACUGUCCUAAAGCUCACGGAGCCCCUUCUGAACCACUGUCAGAGUGCUCCAUGCACCACCUGGACAUCAGGACUGCCUUGCUGGCUGUCGUUACCUCUGCACGGAGAGUUUGUCAGCUCCACGAUCUCAUAACCAGGCUACUUUAUGCAUCCUUCCAAGGUGGUGGUGAGACCUCACUCCACAUUCAGCUCCAGGGUGGUCUCAGAAUUCCACCUCAACCGAGCAAUUACCCUGCCUGCCAAACUUGAAGCUGCAUUCAGCGCUAGGAGAAAAGAAGCUAUAUACUUUGAACAUGGCAAGAGUUUGCUCUCUUUGCUUAACUACACCACUCCCUUCUUCAGGCUGUCUACCUGCCUCUUUGUGGCCAUUUCUGGCCAAGCCAUCUCAUCACAGAGCCUCUCUAAGUCGAUCUCACGGGGCAUUUCCCCUGCUAUUGGAUAGUUGCCAAGCCUCCCCCUCCGAGUGACAAGAUCUGCUCCAUCAGCAGCAUCUUUUGCCUGCAUCAGGCAUGGGCCAGUCUCUGCUAGCCGCACUGUGGAGCACCUCACUGCCUUUUGUUCAAUGUUAUGCUGUAGACGUGGUAGCCAAGGUCAGGAGAGCAGUACUUUGAUCCCUGUGUGACUGACAGCUGAAACGCCUCCCUCCCACCAUCCAGCGAGGGUGCUACUUUCCAGGCACCUAGAUCAGAAUCCACACUGCAACAGGGAACUGCUACUUGCCCCACAGCAACUGUGGUUCUCUGGGAUGUCAUAGUCCAUGUGGCUCCCCCAACCCGGCCUCCAUUUGGAGACCUUGGCAACACGGGAUUUGAAUUGUGAAGGAACGGAGGGAGGUCUGUCCACCCCGUCUUUCUGCCCUCUUGUGGGAGCAGGAGGAGGCACAGAGGGCAUGUGUGGCCUGGAUGGACACCGCUAUCACACUCAGUGGCGGAUUAGCCACUGGGCCAACAGGACCUGGGCCCAGGGACCCCAGCCAAUUGGGGGGCCCUGGAAAAAUGGGCACGCCCUGACCUGCUCCACCCGCCCGGCGCU